UCAAAGGUAUGUCCAACGUGAAGCGUCUGUACCUCCAACGUAAUAAUCUUUACUCUGCUGUUGAGAAUAAGAAAUUAUUUCACUCAAAUGUUCAUAUUGAAAUUAUUGAUUUGUCCGUCAAUAGAAUAAGUAGACUCCAUCCACUGCUUUUCGCGAAUCAAACUAAAAUGAGAAAGAUCAACUUGGCUUAUAAUAAUUUGAUGGCCUUUGAUAACAAGAUAGGUCACAUGAAAUCAUUGCAGUUAUUAAAUAUUUCCAAUAAUCACAUGUACACUAUGACUAAAGAACUUCGAUCGGAUCUUGACAACAUAGCAUCUUCAAGGAACAAUGGUUCACUAACUCUGGAUCUAAGGAAAAAUGUUAUAGCUUGUUCUUGUGACAAUUUAGAAGUCUUGGAGUGGAUUCUUGAUCACAUUAAGCCUUCUCAUAACCUGCUGGUAGUGCGUAUUUCCGAAUGUUACUUUACUCAUAACAGGUCAUCGUCACUUCCAAACGCAACUUUAAUCCUCUCAAAAAAUGAUUUACAGUUCCAGGUAAAUUUCCUGCGAUAUGUAUGUGCUUCAUAUACAUCUCUGAUUGUUGUCCUCGUUUUUAUUAUAUUCAUGUUUAUUAAUAUAAUUGUCGGAGGCCUUGUGCAUAGAUUCCGAUGGAAGAUACGGUAUUGGUACUAUGUAAGCACGAACACACGUAGUGGUUAUAGGUCAUUAAAUAGCACAUUUGAACACGAUAUUUACCUGGUAUAUGACGAACAUGUUGAAGAAUUCGCCUUGGACAUUUUAAAACCAAAACUCAACGAACUAUAUUAUCAAGUGUUUACCUUUAACGAUAUUGAAUCUGGUCGUUCUAUCAAUGAUGCCGUAUCAAAUGCCAUUCAUGGCAGUAAGGUUGUUGUGUUCGUUGUGUCUAAAUUAUGCAACAAUGACCCGGAGUGGAAAUGUGCAGUUGAAAUGACUGAAAUAGAAUCUGGGAAAAGGGGUCAUUCGAUUGGCAUUGUUAUUUUCUACAAUUCAGGAUGUACGCAGAAUCUUCCCAAAAGUUUAAAGAGACUUCCGCACGAUUCUUUUAUUGAUUAUCCCGAACAUCAAAGUAUUGAAGAAAUGGACGCUUUUUGGAAAGAUUUACCAAUCAAAAUUAAUAAUAUUGGAAGUUUUCAAUAAAACUAUAUUGAAGGAAAAACAAUAUUUGUAUGCUGGUGCUUGAGUAUAUGCACACUUUUUUCAUUUACUAUUUAUUACGAAUGAUAAGAGUUUUUCAUUACGAGGUUAUGUGCUUGUGUUUCUAAUUGCUUAUCUGCUUUGUCAUUACUUCCGUUAAUUCGGCUUACGCAUAUAUAUUCUAACAAUGUUUUCAAAUGACAAUGCAAAUGAAUGAAUUAUAUGAAUAUUUUUUAAACAGUUAUAAUACAUGUACGUGUUAUUGUCCUAAAUAAUUUCUUUCAAACAACUUUCAAAACUAAUUGUUGUUAGCCCUGUUCACGUACGUGCGUUUGAGGUUAGCCCUGUACACGUACGUGCGUUUGAGGUUAGCCCUGUUCACGUACGUGCGUUUGAGGUUAGCCCUGUACACGUACGUGCGUUUGAGAUAAGUUGUAUUUUACGUAUCUCCAUCAUCAAACAAUACAAACUGACUGCAACAAAAUAAAAUGUUUAUGAA